AUGCAGUUUGACACAGUUGGAAGCUUGAUUUCAAACACUAUUAAGACCUUUUCUGUGGGAUAUGAUCGCAUAAACAAAACCAAUGUUUUCACCAGCGGUGACCCGAUUAGUGGGACGAUUACACUGGAGGUAACAAAAGACUGUAAAGUACAGUCACUCUGCAUAAAACUGAGAGGAAAUGCCAAGGUACGCUGGAAUGAAGGAUCUGGAAAAAACAUAGAAAUAUUACAGAGCAGAGAAAAGUAUUUCAGCAUCUUGCAGUUCAUCAUUCAGGAUCAUCAAGACAAUAAUGUUGUUACCAAGGGCGUCCAUGUUUAUCCGUUCACCUUUCAAAUCCCAACGCAACAGCUGCCGUCCUCCUUCUUCAGCAAAUGUGGACGUGUUCAGUAUACACUGGAAGCCAACCUGAGCCGGCCAAAGAAACUGGACAGCAAAGCCAAGACUGUUGUCACCUUUAUCCAAAAGACAGACUUGAACGGUGAUCCAGCCUUGAUGGCUCCACAGCACAGCAUCAUUGACAGGAGGAUGAAGUUCUUAAAUUCAGGAACAGUCGGCAUGGAUGUGAAAGUCGGACGAACAGGCUUCCACCAAGGGGAAGGCAUACAGGUGCUGGCCUCCAUUCAGAGUUCAAGUUCUGUCUACAGCAAACACAGCUUCUUUGCAGCGGGCAAGAGAAAAGUGGAUACAGAUGAAAUCCUGAAGGAGGUGGGAGAAGCCAUCCCUCCUUCGGCAUUCGGGACCGUCACCAGGACCUUCACCAUCCCCCCUGACACCAGUGUCUCCAUCUUGAACUGUGACAUCCUCAGAGUGGAGUACAGACUCAAGGUGUAUCUGGAUGUCAAAUACGCUUUGGACCCAGAGGUGACCUUUCCCAUCGUCAUCCUGCCUGCAUUAGAAGUAAAGGCUGUGAAUCCUACCGGCGAAUCUGAAGACGGGUCGAACUGUGACACACAGUCUCCACCAGCUGCCUCUGAGACAUGA